AUGCAGAGCCGGAGCAAUCCCAAUAUCUUCUUCUGUCCUCUGUACAACUCUCCGGAACUCGCCGACCUCAAGAUGGAUCUGCUCGUUUCCGAGGACGAAUAUUUGAAUACCGACCCCUUCCCCUUCUCCAAGGACGGCCUGUUCGUCUACCAUGCCACGGGCCAGGGUGGCGUCACGUCGCGCACGAUCCAGCCAGGUGAGCGGUGGAUUGCCGACAACGGCCUUGCUUGGACCGCGCAAUCCAAGGUUGAGCUCAUCUCCCAGGGCUUCCUCUUGAGAUCGCAUACAGACGAGGGCAUUGUGUACCGAUCCACUGGGCCCGAAAUGGUGUACAUACAACUCGAGGAACCCUGA